GCAAUAUGGCGGGAGAAGGGCAAGUUUGAGUUGGAAAAGAAGCGGGUUUUCCACUCAUAUCGUCAAAUAUUAGUUGUCAGAAGAUGAGUGGCCGUGAGAGAAAGCGAGGUGUGGCAAACAGGUCUUCUCGCCAAGCUGUUUGCCCCGUGUUUGCUGUCAGUCAAGAUGUCCUCAUCAGGUGGAAUGACGGCCUUUUCUACCUGGGCAGUGUCAUCCAGGUUGAUGAUCAGAAUAAACGAUGUUUUGUGAAAUUUGAAGACAAUUCACAACAUUGGGCUAUGUUCAAAGAUAUAUCUAAAGCAGCUAAUAAUGGUGAAAUUUGUUGCUGUCUGUGUCGAGACGAUGUGUCAGAUCGACCCAAUGAGAUAGUGCUGUGUGAUAACUGUGGACUGGGGUACCAUCAGCGGUGUCACAUCCCAAAGAUCGAGCCAGAUGUCCUCAGGCCUGAUGUUGUCUGGCUGUGUAGACUGUGUGUAUUUGCCACAACUGUGAAGAGAGGUGGUGCAAUCAAAAGUGGACCAAAUGCCGAAGCUUUACAGAAGAUAAAACAGACAUUGCCAUACAGGAUAAGGGAGCUGACGUGGGACAGUCAGCACAAGACAAACCUGGAGAAUUGUUACUGCUACUGUGGAGGACCUGGAGAAUGGUAUAGGAAGAUGUUACAAUGCUGUCGUUGUAAUCAGUGGUUUCAUGAAGCGUGUUUACAAUGUUUGGACUAUCCUGUACUGUAUGGAGAUCGCUGGCAUAUAUUCGUCUGUUCUCUCUGUAACUUUGGCGUGGAGUAUGUUAAGCGACUUGAACUCAAGUGGCUUGACGUGGCACAGCUAGCUCUCUUUAACCUGACUAUCAUCCAUAACAGGAAGUAUUUUGACCUUAGUGAUAUGAUCAUCCCCUGGGUGAAGGAGAACUGGGACUCACUUCAACUCUCACAGUCCAUGUUUAAGAAUCAGAUUUUCGAGGAAAUAUCAUCAAGUCUGACGAAGAAUAAAUAUAGGUUCCAAAGUGGUAAAGAAAUUAAGAAGAAGUUUACGCUGUUUGGUUUGCGAGUCCGCCUACCUCCCCCACCCCCAACUGUGAUUGUGCCUGACAGACUGCUGAUCAGUGACAAUGUGAUAGAUAGUGUGAAGGUGAAAACUCAGAGUGGAGUGCAGAGUUUGUCACCUGUGCCACGGAAAUAUGGGAAGAGAAAACAGAUGUUGGAUCCUGUCAAUUCUACGAGUGACAAAGCCAAGAAGUUCAUGAAAACAGCCACUGUAACUUGUGAGAGUAAAGACAACGGUUAUAGCCCUAACCAGCAGUACAAAGGUUAUACCAACGACAGAUCAGAGCCACUGAAUGGUGCUGGCGGACGGAGCACCAGGAAGUCGCCCAGCAAGCAAUCCGGAUGUAGCCUCGACAGUAUUAUCCCGUUACUGCACAGCUACGCUGGUCACAACCACCCGUUCAAAACAGCGCUGGAGCAAACACAGGAAUUAGAGAAGCAGAAGUUAAAGUCGGAGUGGCUGCGUUCCUACCAGAACGGCUACGACACAGAUUCCACGUCGCAGAGUUCACAAGCCGAAGACAUGGACAAAGAACUGACGGACGCAAACCAAAACUUGCCCAUGAACGGCUGGUGUGUCCGUCGGAAGCAUCGGCGUAAAGUCAGCCAUCAGAAUUCUGAGGUGACCGCGAUAAAGGUGAAAACAGAGCCUUUAGACCCAGACGAUUUGGACCAGUUGACAUCUCCCGUCCACGCUUGCGCCAUGACGCGAUCUUUCAAGAACAAUAACGUCGUGGAUACAGCCACAAUCGAAGCUGUGCGAUCCAAAGAAGUCAGUGUUCAGCAUCUGAGGUCUUCGGUCUGUCAUUAUUUUGGCAGAUCAGAACGAUUGGCUCAAGGCGAGCAGUUCCAAGUGAUCGCCAAGAGGGUGACGCCUGACAACAAGGUCCAGUAUUUACUGGAAUGGGAUGGUCUAGUUGGAUAACACACAUAACAAAAUUGGAGCCAAUAGGAGGAGGUAGACUGCUUUUCAUCCCUUUAUUUACAGUGGUUUCUUCCAUGUCCUCUGUCAAGUAUUGGUAAUAACUAACAUGAGACCAUCUCACUUUUGGUUGCAGGGGGGAAUUCCAAGUCCAGCUGUUUUACUUAUUUUUCUAUGCUUGAAUUUCAUUUUGCCCAGGUUUUUAUGUUAAAUAUUUUCGCUCUCAGACUGAGAGUUGGAAAAGUUUUCAGUGUAUUCCAGUUAUAUCAUGGCAUGCUCUAUAUGGAAAUAAUUAAUUUGAAACCUGUUAUCAUUUGUAACACUUUGUAUCAAUUUAUGUUAUUUCAACAACCA